UUAUCACACUGCAACAAAGCAAGACGGGUUAGGUUUUGAUGGGAAUGCAGCGGUUUAAAACUUACCUUUCAUUGACGGCUUUACUUUAUCGUUUGUAAAUUUCGAUACAUGACUCGUCUCUGCUGUUGUCAACAGAGCGGAUAAAUAAUUCAGGUCUCGGGAAGAUUUCACCCCAGACAAAAUCGUUCAUUUCCAUAGGACAGUCUGAAGCUGUGAUGGUUCAAGUAGAACAAUUGUGUAAACAAAGAUAAACCUGGUUAUAGAAUUAAGUGGGAAACUGUGUCAAUUAUACAUCAGUCUUAACAGCUUUUUCAAAACGUUAUUCAAAAAAUGCCUGAGCUUCUACCAGAAAAACUCAGAGACCAAUUAGCCACAUGGAUAGGUAAGACAUGUCACUUCCGGUUACUGUACAAGAUCAGCAGACACAAAUGUUCGGCAGAAACGUUUCAUAAGAAAUGUGAUGGUCAGGGACCGACAGUGACGGUGCUGUACAACACUAACAACACGAUAUACGGGGGGUACCUGUCAAAGAGCUGGAACUCUAACGGCAGUUACAUCAGUGAUUCAAACGCCUUCCUUUUCCGCCUGCAGUACAAUGGGUCGUUCAAUCCAGUCAAAGCUGAUGUCAACGAUUCCAAGUAUGCUAAUGCUGCGUACGGUCAACGUAAUUACGGUCCAACGUUUGGGGGCAACUAUGACCUUCAUUCAUUCAGCGGGACGAUAUCAAAGACUCGACAUGAAUUUGCAUUGAAUGGUAGUUUGAAUAUGUCAGGCGGUUAUUAUAAUUACAUUCAUCAAGACACCAGCUCUAUGACAAACAACAAUCUGAAUGUUACCAACCUGGAAGUGUACCUCGUUGCGGAUGGACCCGACCCGAAAUUUUCCGAUGCACCUUGGCGAGAAUCUGCUGAGUGGAAUGAAGAGAGUGCUCAGAACCUGAGGCAGUCACUUAUCAAAUACAAACCUGUAGCGGAGGUGAACGUUCCUGCAGCAAAUAUUCUCCUUGUUGGUCAGAUUGGCGCGGGAAAAUCCAGCUUCUUUAACUCCGUCAACUCCAUUUUCCGCGGGAAAAUCACCAGUAAAGCAUGCAGUGGGAGCUUUGAACACAGUGUGACUACUGCUUACCGUCAGUACGAAAUAAAGGAUUUUUCAUCUGGAAAAUUUCUAAAUUUUCACCUGUGUGACACACGUGGAUUUGAAGAAGAAUUCGAAAUGGAUGCACAAGAAAUUUCCUUUAUUUUGGACGGAAAUGUCCCGGAUCGGUAUCAGUUCCAGCCCAUGGUCCCUUUCACACGAGACACUCCUGGUUACGUAAAGGAGCCAGAUAUACAGGACAAAAUUCACUGCGUGGCUUUUGUUGUAGAUGGCAGCACUGUUGAUGUUAUGCCCGAAAAAGUCCGCAAACAGCUCAAGGAUUUACAAGUCAAAAUGAACCAAAGAAACAUUCCCCAGGUUGUCCUAUUGACCAAACUGGACAAGAUAUGCCCGGAUGUGGAAAACGAUAUCACCAACACUUUCACGAGUUUCGCUGUCUAUGAUGCCGUUGUUAAAGUAGCGGAAAUAAUGGGUCUGCCACGUGCUCAUAUACUUCCGAUCAAAAACUAUGAAAGCGAAAUCAACCUGAAAAUUGGUGUUGAUAUUCUUUUAAUGGAAGCUCUACAACGAUGCUUAGAUUUCGCUGAUGAUUCCAUGGAUGAACAAUUCAGCAAACUGGUGUCAGAGGGGAAGAAAACAAGAGUCAGACGUCUCGCUGGUUGGUUCAAUAUCUAGGACACUUUCGAAAUCAGAUACGCCCUUACAUUUCGAACAUCACAACGAUAAACCAAUCAACAAAAGCAAAUGUUACGUUUUUGACUGGACAACUAUGCGUGUUUCUACAUGGAUAUACCAAAUACUUAAAAUAAAACUGAAUGUGAUCGACAGUCAAAGAGUGUUAACAACCGUGAGAUAACUGUAGCAACUACCUUCUACAUCAUAAACAGUCGGGUUGUUAUUGUAAUGUCAAUGACACUGUUUUGCCAUACUGAUAUCAGCUUGCAAUUUCUUAGGGGAAAAGUACAUUUCUUAAGUUUUAUGCUUCCACAAUCUAAAUGAGAUGUAAAUAUUUCAAAAUAGAAAUCCACGACUGUAAAUCCACGAUUAUUCCAGCUAUUCAAAUGUAAACAGCAAUUAAAUGAACAUAUCAAUGUU